GCCGACAGAAGCGAAGCCUUUCGCCGGUUCGGACAAGUCCAAGUCCAUUCGUUUUCGUGGAACCAUGGCUGCAUCUGUGUAUUUAAAAAAGUCAGCCCUUCUAACAUCGUACACAGCUAGAUUAGCCUCUCUGAGACACGCUGCUGCUGCAGCUACAGCCCCUGCUGGAACAAAAGGUGUUAAGAAGUUCGAAAUCUACAGAUGGGAUCCCGAGAAGAAGGGGGACAAGCCACAUCUCCAGACAUUUGAGGUUGAUCUCAACAAAUGUGGUCCCAUGGUUCUGGACGCCUUAAUCAAGAUCAAGAAUGAGAUUGACCCGACGCUUACCUUCCGGAGGUCUUGCAGGGAAGGCAUCUGUGGCUCCUGUGCAAUGAACAUCAAUGGCACCAAUACCCUGGCGUGCAUUUGCAAGAUCGAUGAAAACACUGCAAAGUCUACAAAGAUCUACCCGCUCCCUCACAUGUAUGUGGUCAAAGACCUUGUUCCAGAUAUGGCUCUGUUCUAUGAGCAGUACAAGUCGGUGCAGCCCUGGCUGCAGAAAAAGACUGCCGUCAAGAUUGGCGACCACCAGAAUCUCCAGAGCAUUGAAGACCGCAAGAAACUGGAUGGUCUCUACGAGUGCAUCCUCUGUGCCUGCUGCUCCACGUCAUGCCCCAGCUAUUGGUGGAACAGCAACCGCUACUUGGGACCGGCUGCGCUCAUGCAGGUCUACCGCUGGGUCAUCGACUCACGCGACGAGAACACUGUUGAGAGGCUGAAGCGCUUGGAGGACCCAUUCACCAUGUACCGGUGCCACACCAUCAUGAACUGCACACGGACUUGCCCCAAGGGACUGAACCCUGGCAAAGCCAUUGGUGAGCUCAAGAAGUUAGUUGGUGGAUUGGCACAGAAGCCAACAGCAGACCUUACAGGCACUGCUUGAGCACUGCUGACAGUUGCGUCUAUUGAGGACUUCUGACCCGCCCCCGCAAGAAUAUUGAAAAUGCACUGAAGCCUGCAAUGUAGCAUAAUGGUAUGCAAUCAGGAAAAGCAGCCUCGCAAGUGAAAAUAAAGUGCAUUUGAAAGUGUGAAA